AUGACAGAAACCGGCGUAAUAUCACUAUGCCCAGGAUUUGCGAAAAACCCAACCGUCUAUAAACCCGGUUCAUGUGGAGCUAUAAUCAGAAAUAUGGAGCUCAAAAUUGUGGAUCCUUUGACCGGUGCCUCUCUUUCCAGGAGCCACGUCGGCGAGAUUUGCGUCAGAGGAAAUUCUGUCAUGAAAGGGUACUAUAAUGACGUGGAGGCGACCAAGAGAACAAUCGAUGGUGAAGGAUGGCUACACACCGGCGACCUUGGAUAUGUGGACGGUGACGAUGAACUAUUCAUCGUGGACAGGUUGAAGGAACUCAUAAAGUACAAAGGGUUCCACAUUGCACCUGCUGAGAUAGAAGCUUUGCUAAUUCGUCAUCCCUCCAUAUCAGACGCUGCCGUUUUGCCUAAGAAGGAUGAUAGAGCAGGAGAAGUUCCAGUUGCAUUUGUGGUGCGAACAAUUGGUUCUAACAACAUCACGGAGCACGAAAUCAAGCAAUAUAUCUCAAACCAGGUGGUGCCUUACAAGCGGAUACAUCGUGUAUUUUUCAUAGAUGAGAUUCCUAAAGCUCCAUCAGGUAAAAUAUUGAGGAAGAAUUUGCGGGCAAGGAUUUAA